CGCCCUUCUCUUAACCCCACGUCUCUUCCUCUCUUCCUUCCUAUCACCGCACUUACCUCUACCACCAUUGCCAACACCAACAAGCUUCCGUCCUGCCGAUCGACACAGUAACCGAUCAAUAAUCGACACCCCCACACGCACAUAUACAUUAGACAAGCAAGUAUUCUGUCCGAAAAUGACUUCGACAACAGGCGCCUGGUCCAAUCUCUUUCACGGCAUCCCAAACACCACACCGGCCUCACGGCUCUACACGGAAGAAGCUAUCCAGAAUGAAGAGCUUACGGCAGACCAGGUGAUUGAAAAGGCGCAGAGCAGCGCCAGCCUCCUUUUUGAAAUGGCCGUUGCAUUGCGCGAGGAGCAUGAGACCUUGCAAUCGCUCGAGCAGAACGACAUCAUUCAGACUCUUCGUCGAGAGUGCCAAGAAAUGUCCGAUUAUCUCUCUGAACGCAUUUGGCAAGACUCGGGUGAUAGUUUGUCCCCAUACCAGGCCUUUGAGAGCUCGAGCUUACGUCCUCAGCCAAAGACUACAGAUGAGGAGGCGCAAAUAGCGGCCUUCAUUUCAUGCAAUGAACAGAUCCAGACGGCCCUCAGGAGAUAUGAUGAGAUUCAAGACUUUUUACAGGCGAAACAGAUGCAGGAGGGAGAAAAUACCCGCGAUGCUGCCUACCGAUCCAGCCAUUCAACCGAUGUUCUCAACGACACCUACACAGCCGCCGCAGCCGCAUUGGACGAUCGCGACGCUGAUGAGGAUGGAUACACGCUUCAGACACACUUGCGCAAAUCGGAGCAGCCCCUUAUCUGGAAAUUGGACCCACGUGAAGAUUUCAAGGCUGGUCAGGCAAAGAUGAAGAAGGGCCUUACUUCGGAGGAGUGGCGGAAAAAGGACCUGGAGAGGAUGAUGGAGAAGUGUCCUCAGAAUGGAAUCCAUGGGAUGGCAGAGGAUCCAUUGAGGAUCACACCAGAGAUGUUAAGUCUGGACGAUGCCACGGAAGACGAGAACUCAGGAUCUGGAGAGUUUACUGCGGCUGCGGCUCGUGCGACCGCCCCAGUGAUCGAGGUGGAUGAGGAUGGUCUUGAGAGGAUUAACAACCGUGCACUAGCGCAAGAGGAUGAGCAGAGCGAAGAAGCAGCAGCAGCAGAAGAGGAAGAGAAAGACGACAAGGGGGUGCUGUCGGACGAUUCUUGGGAAGAGAUACCUGAACAAGGCAUGGUUGGUUUAUCAGUUGAUGAUGAUGGCGAGGGUGCGCAGGAGGCCGAUGUGACCUCGACAGUGUCUUCAUCAUCGUCCUCGUUCCUGAUCACACCUGCGGAGGCCGCCAGCCGAGCAUCAACCCCGCCAUCUGUGAACGACCGUAAACUGUGAUGGGAUUAUCUUGACUGAUAGAAUACCUUUCACCUGCCGCAGUUUGCAUUCAUUUUUCUGCUUUAUACUGUGUUCCUUUGAAUAAAGCAUUUGAUUACUCUUAAUCAAAUCCCCGUGGGCGCAGCCCAUCAAAGAACCAACAAAUCAUGUCUUUAGCAGAUGAGUUUCUCGCGGAUCUCGGCGAAGAGGAGGCCGAGGACAUCAUGACG